CGAGGAACUUUUAAGAACCGGUUGGUGAGGUAAAUAAUGAAUAAUUUCUUGUGUGUUUUUAGGUGCAAUUUCAAUCAUGUUUAAUUCAAGUUGUUCUUUCAUAAUUUUAUCUAUUGAUUCUAAUACUCCGGGUAUUUUUUGAUAUUUUCUCCAUAGGGACUUGAGCCUGCCAAAAGUUACUCCAAAAUUUGAGUUUAAUGUUUUCUUUGACUCCAAUCUCCAGGGCCAUCCUACUUCAUAUCGCCCAUCCGAUAGCUGUUUAAUGGUUUCAUUAAAUUGUGUCCAAGCUUGCUCAUCAUCGAUUGUUUCCAAGCCUGGUUCCCUUAUCCCUAUUGUUUCUAAAUUCCAAAAAUCUUUCUCCUCUAGUUUCUCGCUUUUUUCUCCUACUACACUCAUUACAUAUUGUGUUUCUGUUUCUGGGUCUGUUUCAUUAAUUUUUGCCUUUCCACACAUUAUUGGUCCUAAUUUUGAGCGAAUUAAAUAUCUUUGACCGGGUAAACUUUCUAUACU